AUGGCAAUCGUGCCGAAAACCUUCUCGUACAGCGUACUCCUGCAGUUUGUCUUGGGGACACUGGCCACACAAGAUGACCUGAAAUACGUUAACCCCUUGAUUGGGUCAACCAAUGGCGGCAACGUCUUCGCAGGUGCAAGCCUGCCCUACGGCCUCGCGAAGCCCGUCGCAGACGUUGACGGCCAAAAUACCGGUGGCUUCUCUACCGAUGGAAGCAAUGUCACUGGCUUCUCGCACAUGCAUGACAGUGGGACUGGCGGGAAUCCGUCUAUGGGGCAUUUCCCGUUGUUCCCUCAGUACUGUGCCGACAAUUUGGUGGAUAAUUGUAAAUUUCCAAAGACUGCACGCGCCAUUCAUUACAGGAAUGACACGGUUGUUGCGAAGCCGGGCUAUUUUGCGCUGACGCUUGAGAGUGGUGUUCAGGCUGAAAUGACUGCUGCACGGCGCACUGCGUUGUAUCGGUUUACUUUUCCUGAGUCGAAGUUGCCGGAUGGAAGUGAUUCCAAUCCGUUGAUUUCACUGGAUCUGACGGACUUGUGGGAUAGUCGACAAAAUGCGUCUAUCAGUAUCGAUGCAGAUAAUGGCCGGAUGAAGGGCAAUGGGACUUUCUUGCCGAGUUUCGGGGCUGGUUCGUACCAGUCAUACUUCUGUGCUGAUUUCAGCGGCGAUAUUAUCGAUGGUGGGAUCUGGGUUAAUGAUCGAGCUGGAUCAGUAAAAGAACUAUUUGUUACUCGUGGUUUCAACAAUUUCUACCUCCAAGCUGGAGGCUAUUUGACCUUUGAUCGACCAAGCGAUGGGGUCAUUACUGUGAGAGUGGGUGUCAGCUUCAUGAACACCGAUCAGGCUUGUCAAAAUGCGGUGAGUGAGGUAUCUGAUCCAAAUAUUGGCUUUGAUAGUCUGCGCCAACAUGCAGAAGACGCCUGGAAAGAGAAACUCAGUCCUAUCAAAGUCACUCCUGGAGGUGCCAAUGACGACAUGUUGAGUAGCUUCUGGAGUGGCAUCUAUCGUACAAUGUUGUCGCCUCAAGAUCUCACUGGCGAGAACCCACUAUGGAACAGUGACGAACCUUACUUUGACAGCUUCUACUGUCUGUGGGAUGCAUUCCGCGCACAGCAUCCGUUCUUGACAAUCAUUGACCCUCAAGCACAGUCAAGAAUGGUCCGAAGUUUGCUUGAUACCUUCAAGCAUGAAGGAUGGCUCCCCGACUGCCGCAUGAGUCUCUGCAAAGGCUGGACACAAGGCGGGUCCAACGCCGAUGUUGUUCUGGCAGAUGCCUACGUUAAGAAUCUGACGGGAAUUGACUGGGAGCUGGCCUACAAGGCGAUGGUCAAUGAUGCGGAGAACGAGCCACUGGAAUGGUCAUAUGAAGGACGAGGCGGCCUUCAGAGCUGGAAACACCUCCACUAUAUUCCGUACCUGGAUUUCGACUAUAUCGGCUUCGGUACCAAUUCACGAAGUAUUUCGCGGACUUUGGAGUAUGCCUAUAACGACUACAGUGUGGCCGUCGUUGGCAAAGGUCUUGGCAAGAAAGACUAUACGACAUACUUGGCUCGGUCUGGAAAUUGGCAAAACUUGUAUAAAAGCAACCAGACAUCACUCCUGGAGAAUGGAACUGACACUGGCUUCACUGGCUUCUUCCAGCCCCGGUAUCUGAACGGUACAUGGGGUUAUCAGGAUCCGAUUGCCUGUAGUGCUCUGGCAUCCUGGUGCUCACUCACCUCAAACCCUUCAGAAACUUUCGAGUCCAGCAUCUGGGAAUAUUUAUUCUUCGUCCCCCAUGACAUGGCAAAACUGAUCAAACUAGUCGGAGGCCCAGACUCCUUCAUAUCCCGACUAGAUUACUUCCACACCUCUGGCCUAGCAGACAUGGGCAACGAGCCCGUUUUCUUGACAGUUUAUGACUAUCAUUACGCCGGAAGACCAGGUCUCUCUGCCCGUCGAGCCCACACCUACAUCCCAUCCUCAUUCAAUGCCACACACAACGGUCUACCCGGAAACGACGACUCGGGAGCUAUGGGCUCAUUCCUCGCAUGGAGCAUGAUGGGACUUUUCCCGAACCCCGGUCAAAAUGUCUACCUCAUUAUUCCUCCAUUCUUCGAAGCCAUUGAAGUGACACACCCGGAGACAAACAAGACAGCCACCAUUCAAAAUUUCAAUUUUGAUAGUAGUUAUCAGAACAUCUAUAUCCAGAGUGCUAAGCUCAAUGGACAGCCUUAUACCAAGAGCUGGGUUCCGCAUGAGUUCUUUACUCAGGGUAUGACACUGGAGCUGACGCUCGGUGAUCACGAGAGCGAUUGGGGUACGCGCAAGGGUGACUUGCCACCGAGUUUGAGUGACUCACUUGCUGGGAUUGAUGCGAAUGGCAUGUAA